AUUUCUCCCUAUGACGUAGUAGCAUGAUCCAAAGAAGCUUUCGUGCCGCGUGCAAAUAGCAGGUGCAUUUUGGGAAGAAGCAUGACGUGUGCAUCAACCAACGCUUGGCCGCCAUCUUUGGCUUGAUCAUCAUGUCGAGGUAUGGGAGAGAUCCGCGGGACCAGUGUCCCCUGGACUGCAAGGUCUACGUGGGGGACCUCGGCACACGCGGUAACGAACGGGAGCUUCGAGACAUCUUCAGCUACUACGGCCCCUUGAGAAACGUCUGGGUGGCUCGCAACCCUCCAGGCUUCGCGUUUGUGGAGUUCGAGGACCCCCGUGAUGCUAAGGAUGCCGUCAAGCACCUGGACAGAAGAGAGAUCUGUGGAGCGCCAGCUCGUGUGGAGAUGUCCACAGCACGCCAAGCAAGGGAAGCAAGAGAAGGAAUGGGAGGUGGUGGUCGACGUUCGCGAUAUGGCCCGCCCCCUCCGUAUUAUCGCCGCCCCUUCGACCCGCUAGACCGAUGCUAUGAAUGUGGCGAGCGUGGGCACUAUGCCCGGGACUGCUACCGCUACCGCCGCCGGAGCCGAUCCCGCAGCCGUGACCGCCGUCGCCGCACGCGGUCCCGCUCCAGGUCCCGCAGCCGCGACCGCAGGAGGAGCUACAGCAGGAGCCGGUCCCGCUCGCCCUCCCGCUCCCGCAGUCGGAGCCGCAGCAGGUCCCGCCGCAGCAGGUCCCGCAGCCACACGCCCCGCAGCAGGUCUGGCUCCAGGCGUGAAUCCCGCUCCAGGUCGAGAACUCCUGAGAAGCGGUCCCGUUCCCCGUCACGUGGUCGCAGCGGUUCUCCAGACAAGCUUAAAGAGAACGGAGUAGAAGAUGUGCAGAAGGAGAAUGACGACUGAAGCAAGUUACCUCCUCUCAGAUCCGGGACAUUCACGGCCGGAACUGCAGAGAGACAGACAUGAAACUGUACCACAUUUCUUCUUGUAAAUCUCUAGUGUUAAUGUGAAAAGACUUGGUAAGGCUGUGAGGAGACCUAGGUAAUGAUGUAGACAUGAGCAGGCCUCUGAGAUGCAGCCACCCCUGUAGCAUAACAAUAGAAGGUGGACAUGGAAGAUUAUGUUUUAAGAUGUAUAACAGUAGGCAUCUCCCUCUAGCUGAGUAAAUCCUGUGGAGGGUAUGGAAGUAAAUGUGUGGAUUUGAUAACUGAUUCCUUCAAAUUAAAGCUAGUGUUUUCCAUUGCAAGCAUAGUACUAGCCAGUGGAAAACAACUAUCUGGAGGAAGAACAAAAGAUAAAAUUUUAAAGCUUUACUAUUCCAUUUAAAAUUUUGAUAGAAGAGAUGGAUUGAGUUUUUUAAAGAAGUACUGGGAAGAUACUUGAAUAAGGGGAAAA